ACUGAAUUUCUUUUGGGCAACGCCGAUCCGUGACAAGUCAGCCUAAUCCGCGAAUUUGUUCACAUUUCUUGUAUUUUGAGUUGAAUAACAAAUUUUAAAUAGUUGCUAAGAAUUGAAAAGCUUGCAAUGAGCGAGACUAUUAAUACGUCGGCCCAGUUUCCGACAUUUGAGAAACCCACGGUCCAGUUCAACGAGAAGGGAUGGGGACCAUGCGAAUUGCCGGACACGUUUAAGGACGUGCCAUACCAGCCUUUCAGCAAGAAUGAUCGCCUUGGAAAGAUUUGCGACUGGACCAACACCUCCAACAAUGAUAAGAAGUACCAAAACAAGUAUGCUUCCAGCUUUGGCACUGGGAUCCAGUACUCCUAUUACCACGAAGAAGAUGAAACUACUUUCCAUUUGGUGGAUACCGCCCGUGUUCAGAAGCCACCCCAUCAACGCGGACGUUUCCGCAAUAUGCGAAACUCGCGCUCUGGACGUGGUCGCAAUGCUCGUGGUGGAAUCAAUACCCAUGGCAUGACCACAUUGAGUGGCAAGAAUGUCAAGGCCCGCGAUCCCCGUCGUGGAAUGGGCAAGAAGUUUGGCAAUCGUGGGCCGCCACCCAAAAUGCGUGAAUCAUCGGUGGCUGUGCGAUCAGACUGGGCUUCGAUUGAGGAAAUGGAUUUCCCGCGUCUCAUCAAGCUGUCGCUCCCCAAUAUAAAGGAGGGCGUGGAUAUUGCAACUUGUGGAACGUUGGAGUACUAUGACAAGACCUACGACCGAAUCAAUGUCAAGAACGAGAAACCUUUGCAGAAAAUCGAUCGAAUUGUGCAUACGGUGACCACCACCGAUGACCCGGUCAUCCGUCGUUUGUCGAAGACGGUGGGUAAUGUGUUCGCCACUGAUGCCAUUUUGGCCACUAUUAUGUGUUCGACGCGUUCCAAUUACUCUUGGGAUAUUGUAAUUGAGAAAGUUGGUGAUAAAAUCUUCAUGGACAAACGCGAUCAUACGGAGUUCGAUUUGUUGACUGUGAACGAGACCAGCGUUGAACCACCUACUGAUGAUGACAGCUCAUGCAAUUCUCCUCGUAAUCUGGCUAUUGAGGCCACCUUUAUCAACCACAACUUCAGCCAGCAGGUCCUUAAGACUGGCGACCAAGAGGCCAAGUUUAAGUUUGAGGAGAGCAAUCCUUUCAUUAGCGAAGACGAGGACAUACAAGUGGCCAGCGUGGGCUAUCGGUACAAGAAAUGGGAAUUGGGAAGCGACAUUGUGCUGGUUGCCCGUUGCGAACACGAUGGUGUUCUGCAAACUCCAAGCGGCGAGCCACAGUUCAUGUCCAUUAAGGCACUUAACGAGUGGGACUCCAAGAUGGCCAAUGGUGUGGAAUGGCGUCAAAAGUUGGACACACAACGUGGUGCGGUUUUGGCCAAUGAGUUGCGAAACAAUGCCUGUAAACUAGCCAAAUGGACUGUUCAGGCAGUCCUUGCUGGAUCCGAUCAGUUGAAACUUGGAUACGUCUCGCGUAUCAAUCCCCGUGAUCAUUCGCGUCACGUUAUUUUGGGAACGCAACAAUUUAAACCGCAUGAGUUUGCCACCCAGAUCAACUUAAGCAUGGACAAUGCCUGGGGUAUUCUACGUUGCAUUAUUGAUCUAGUUAUGAAGCAAAGGGAUGGCAAAUAUCUAAUCAUGAAAGAUCCCAACAAGCCAAUUAUUCGUUUGUACGAUAUUCCCGACAAUACAUUCGAUUCCGAUGACUCCGACGAUGGCGAGGGUGAUGAUGGUGAGGGUUUCCAGCAAGUUUACAACUAUGCCAACAACAGCAACAAGAUUUAAACAGAUAAACUAAACUAAAACCCAACUCAUCUUUGACCCUCCUUUCGUUCUACCUUUGUGAAAAAUAGAUCAACACAAUAACCGGUUGAGACAAUGUCGGAACGCAUUAUAAAUUUAAUUGUUCUAAGCGAUUGUAUUCGAAUUGGAUGCAGCAUGAUAGUAAAGCGUCGCAGAACUCGAA